UGGAUGGACUGUCGGGGGGCUGCCUUGCUGCGAGUCCGCGGCCCCUUGCUGCGUGCGGGGGAAUCGACCCCCGCCCUGUGCGGUCGGAGGCGCCUGGGCCUGUGAAGACACUUUCCAGCUCCCUCUGUGCUCGUGCCACUUCGGGUGAAGAUGAUGCUCGCGAAGUGGACUUCACAGUAUUGGGACCGUCUCUCUUCCUUGCCAGUCUUGGUCCUGGUUAACUGUUGUGUCUUGCUGGCUAGCGCGGAUAAUGCCAGUCAGGCAUAUUACACAGCCCUCAUCAAUGUGACUGUCUUGAACCCCGACCGAGUCAGCCCCACGUUACUAAGGAUCGAUCGUGGACGCUACGGGCAGGAUUCCCCCAAAGUGGAGGUCAAAGGCCUGCUGCUGGCACCAGUGCCUAUCAACGGAGUGGUGGAUCGUCUGGGCUGUGAUCCUCGAACACGUUUCCAUGUUCCUCCGAAUACCAAGCAGUGGAUUGCCUUGCUGCAACGAGGAAACUGUACAUUUAGAGAGAAAAUAUUGCGAGCAGCUUCACAUAAUGCCACAGCUGUGGUCAUUUACAACAAUAUAUCCAGUGAGGAACCUGUCACUAUGACUCAUCAAGGAACUGGAGACAUUGUUGCUGUCAUGAUUACAGAGUCCAAGGUAAAGGAGAUCCUAAAUUACUUGGAAAAGAACAUCUCUGUCCUGAUGGCAAUAGCAGUUGGAGCCCGAGUUCCUCCAAAGAAUUUUAGUCGUGGCUCUCUAGUCUUUGUGUCAAUAUCAUUCAUCGUUUUGAUGAUAAUUUCAUCAGCAUGGUUAAUAUUUUACUUCAUCCAGAAGAUCAGGUACACAAAUGCACGUGACAGGAACCAGGUAAGAUGCCCCUUGCUUCUCUCUGAAACAGACCCAGACUUUGAUCAUUGUGCUGUCUGUAUCGAGUGUUACAAGCAGAACGAUGUUGUCCGCAUUCUGCCAUGCAAGCACGUUUUCCACAAAGCCUGUGUGGAUCCUUGGCUUAGCGAACACUGUACCUGUCCUAUGUGUAAACUGAACAUUUUGAAGGCUCUGGGAAUUGUACCAAGUGUGCCAUGUACAGAUAACGUAGCCUUUGAUAUGGAAAGGCUCACCAGAGGCCAGCCAGCCAAUAGACGAUCAGCACUUGGUGACUUUGCCAAUGACAACUCACUCAGCCUGGAGCCCCUACGUACUUCUGGGAUGUCACAGCUUCCACAGGACGGGGAAAUAACUCCAAGGACAGGGGAGAUCAACAUUGCUGUAACAAAAGAAUGGUUUAUUAUUGCCAGUUUUGGCCUCCUCAGUGCCCUCACACUCUGCUACAUGAUCAUCAAAGCUACAGCUAGCUUGAAUGCUGACGAAGCAGAAUGGUAUUGAAGAAACACUUUCUGACAGAUUUGCCUUGGAGAGACACCUAUUUUUUGCAUCAUUUAUUGAUCAUGCAGCAUAUGCAGUUAUAAUUAGUACAUUUAUUUUUCAUUAAAGUUUGCUAAUGCCAAAGCUUUGUAUUAAGAAAAAAUGAAGAAAUAAAGUUUAAUUAUGAAAACUU